CUAUGUGUGUGUAUUUACAUUUGUGGUUGUGUCUGUCAGUCUGUUUGGGAUAUGUAUGUGAAUAUGUACAGUAUGCCAUCAGGGCAUGAUGUUUAAUUAGUAUCGUAACAGGGUAUAUUUUUCCUAAAACGAAAAAGACCUAGGAGAUUGAAUUACUCAGUUCGCCUGAUCAUGUCUGCCGGUGCCAAUGCUGGCAAACUGCCGUACGACGAUCACAGCAGACAGGGCAAGUUCUUGUCCUAUGUGUUCUACCAGGCUGUGCGGGACCACAAGCCAGUGUGGAUGCUGGAAGACAUGCGGACGAUGGAAUCGUUCUACUGGGAGGAGAACACCAGCCAAAGGACAUACUCCCCUUCUGAAGCACUGCUUUACGCUGUAGUACACGAUCACCAAGCCUAUGCGCAAUACCUGCUGAGUCACUAUUCGGAGGAGGCUUUGCAAAUGCCAGGGGAGCGCUUCUGCUGCUCUCCUUCCUCCGCGCCGCACCUGGCCAUGGCUGUGAGGUAUGACAGAAGGGACAUUUUGGGGCUCAUCCUGCAGGUGGCACACCGGCUCCCCAGUCUGAGGUCCUACCUAAACCGCAAGGGCUGCUUCCACCUGGAGGAUGGCAAGACCCCAUUGCACCUUGCCUGCGACCUGCUGCGCUCCGAAUCGGUGCUUUUUCUCUUGGGGAACGGUGCGUCGCCACAAGCGGAGGACCACAAAGGCAUGACACCACUAGACGUUAUUUUGGAACAGCUGUGGGACUCGAAGGUCAACGUGGAACCCAAAAAGCGCUGCCUGGACAACUUGCUGCUGUUCAUGCCCGCGCUGCGAUUCAAAAUGAAGAGGUCGUUGGAAGGUGACCCCUCCAGUUGGAAGAAGGUGCUUGGGGAGGAUAAAUUCAGCUACCUCAUUGGGAAAACCCCGGCCCCUUUGUUUCUAACGACUAUGCAAAGAAUCCUGCAGCUCCUUCCCCCGGCGCAGUUCCCCAAAAGCCUGCAAGAUCUCCCCAUACCUGCCUCAUUAAAACCAUUGCCUGUGCCCUACAAAAAGCAGCGGAUCCCAGUAAAUGUGGUAUAGAUUGAUUUUUAGGAACACCUCUUCUUUUAAGAGGGUUUUAAGUCUGCUAAUUAUAAUAAUGAUAAUGUAUUUUAAGGAAGUAUUAUUAUUUUAUAAAUAGAUGCUAUUAGUUUAGGCACAGCAUCAAAUGCGUAUCACCGUAUACAUGCAGCAUGCAUUAAACUAAUAAUAUUUUAACCUUUGUAAAAACAAAAAACAGAAAUGUAUUAGAUAUUACUUGUACUGUACUUUAAAAUGGACAGCCCUUCAUAAACAGAUAUUAAAUAAGCAAUAACCUGCUGCAGUAAG